AUGGCGGCACGUAACCCCCCUGAAGUCAUGAAGGCAACGGAAACUCGGCCCGUUGAGGGUAGCAUCAUGAGUCGCAAACGCGAGCAUCGAGGACUACCGGCUAGCUUCUCUUAUAGCAUUGGUCGACCACGAUCCUCACCUCCUCGAAAAGAAAAAGGCGAGAAGAAAUCUGUGAAAUCUAUCGUUGCCCGGAUCGAGGCGGGAGAGGGAACUCGGAAUUCACCUUCGUCGCCCACCUGCCAUGACGCCCCCAAUAGGGCAUCGAGUAUGGAGAGCUCGUCACAGACGACGACGACAACAACAACAGGGAAAGGCUCGGAUAAGAGCGUCGACGGCAGCAGCGCAGCAACCACCGCCAAGGCCACAAAGCCUUGGCUAGCUAUAGCGCCAGAUGUCGAAGACUAUUCACUGACUUUACUCAAAUAUCGACACUACUAUACUGUUACACCACUGGGCAGGUGCUUGGAUGUGAUUCCUGAUUCUCCCGGGGAAGACAAAGCAGUGGUAGAAGGCGCUUUUUCAGGAGACGGUGCCUCAAGAAACGCUAUGAAUGCGAACGGCUGUCCUCAAACGAAAAAGGUUACAACACAAUCGCAUGUGCAGCCGAAAUACGAACGCAAUCCUGCGCAAGUCGACGCUUUCUGGAACAGCAUACGACGAUACCUACACAUCUCAGACGAGGAACUCGAAGGUGUAUGCGGAAGUCCUGCCCCAUACGAGCGCACUCUCUCCGAGCAUGAAUCAUACAAUGGCUGUGCAGUCUUGGAUAAGCAAACCGGAUUCUACACGCCUCCACUAACAGCAAGCUCCGCUGCGCCGUCGCCUCUACGGUGUCUGUCGUCAGUAACGGUCACGAGCGAUAAGCAAAAGCCUCCAAAGAAGAAGCGCCUGCCUUCGACGGAAGAGAAGCUCUUUGAGAUUGAUGCCUUCCUCCGCGAAGAAGAUCCCGCCAGACUGGCCUCUUCGCCCACUCUGACGACGCCAGUGGGCAGGAUCUUCAAGAGUAGCGACGAGUACUUUCCUAGAACGAAUACACGCGUUUCUCCAAGGAGGAGAGAGACACAGCGACCUGGCGCCAAGAAGAAAUCUUGGGCGUUGAGGCUCGAGUUGCCCGAAGCGCCCCCUCGACCCAAGAACAGGUUGAGGCCAAUGCGGCAUGGCAUUAAGGUGCCGCCAGUGAUGACGGCCGAAGACGAAGAAUACAACUUCUUUUGA